CAAAAAUUUCAAAGACAUUAAUUUGCAUUGUUAGUUUUUCCAUUGAAAAAAAUAUAAAUAAACACAACCACGUAGAUAAAAAUUAGGAAAAAAUGAACCAAGGUUAAUCAUUGUUGGUGGUAAAACUACGAACAAAAACAGAAGGAACAUUAUUUAAGGUCAAGGUACGCCUUUGUUUAUACCAUUUUGAAUCACUAUCUUUACGGAAACUCCAUGCCCAAUGAAUAUUUUACUAAUCGUAGGUAUUUUUUCAAAACUUGUGAAUCUAAAAAUCUUUUGAUUUAUGUAUCGAUUUGUUGUUUGCUUAACUUUCUCUUGCAAAGGCUGGGUUUAAGGAAGGACAGAUUUUCAUUUAUAGAGUAAAUAUAAUAGUGAUAUUAAUUGAGCUUGUCCUUAGUAAUUAUGAUUAAUAAAAGCUGUGGUCUUGAGGCGGAAAACCUGACCUUUCAAUUAAAAGAAAGUGUCAGAUCUGACACUAGCCACUUGUCAUUCGAACCCUCGGCCCAAUGGAGCAAGAAAAACUCAACAAACACUACCUCGAGUACGACAUCUUCCUCAAACGCGCGAGAAAAGACUUCGACAAUCGUUACAAAGUGGAGGAGUUUAAGCCGAACGCCGACCUCUCCGACUUCCAGCUGAUCAAAACCCUGGGAGCGGGCUCCUUUGGACGCGUCGUCCUCGUCAAGCACAAGACAAAGGGCGAUAAACUCUACGCAAUGAAAUGCAUGGAUAAAUUCCACAUCGUCAAGAGUAAACAAGUCGCACACACGAUGUACGAAAUUCGGGUUCUGGACGCUGUCCGCUUCGAUUUCGUCAUAAAUCUGGACUUUUUUUUCAAAGACAAUGUCUACUUGUUUAUUGUCAUGCCGUUCAUUAACGGCGGCGAGAUGUUCUCGCAUUUGAGGAACAUGAAGAAGUUUGACGAAACGUUGAGCAAGUUUUAUGCAGCGCAGGUCAUUCUGGCCUUUGAGUAUUUGCAUUUUUUGGGGAUGGUCUACAGGGAUCUGAAGCCGGAGAAUAUCUUGAUUGAUAAAGAUGGGUAUUUGAAGGUCACGGACUUGGGCUUUGCGAAGAAGAUUGAUGAUCAGAGGACCUAUACGCUGUGUGGAACUCCCGAAUACCUAGCACCUGAAAUCAUCCUCAGUCAAGGCUACAACAAAUCCGUGGAUUGGUGGGCAAUCGGCGUUUUGAUUUUUGAAAUGUCGGCCGGUUAUCCGCCGUUCUACGCCAAAGACCCGAUGAAAAUCUACGAGAAAAUCGUCUCGGGAAAGUUCACCUGUCCGCAGCACUUCUCCAAAGCGUUGCGUGACCUCGUGGCGAACAUCUUGCAAGUUGAUCGCACGAAAAGGUAUGGGAUUUUGAAAAACGGGAGCAAGGACGUGAAAGGGCACGAGUGGUUCAAAAGCGUGGACUUCGACCAGAUUUUGCGUCGCAGAGUCAAACCCUCGUUCAAACCCAAAGUUCGAGACGCAGGUGACACUAGCAACUUCGACUAUUACGACGAGGAGCCAUUCAGGACCAGCUCCAAGGAGGAGUUUGCUGAGGAGUUUGCAGAAAUAAAAAUACCAACAAAAUAAAGAGUUCUUUUCAAA